AUGCGCGUUUUUGGGUGCCAAGCAUACAUCUUGACCCCGAAGGAGAAACGACUCAAGUGGGAUCCCAAGGCCCGGGCUGGAUUGUUUUUGGGCUACGAAGAAGUGUCCAAGGCGUAUCGAGUUUACGACAUCGAAGCGGGGCAGGUGAUGAUAAGUCGCGAUGUCAACUUCGAUGAGUCGGCCUUUGGAAUGUCGAUGAUGAUUUCCGAUGACGAUGUUGAUGGCCUGGACUUCGAAUCGAUCGAUCUUGAUGAUGAAGAACCGCGUCCGAGACACUUCAAACAAACAGGAAAGCGCAAGGCCCAACCCAGUCACGACAAUGACGACGCAAGCAUGCCCCGAGCAGUGCGCCAACGACCCGGAUUGGAAGAGUCAAGUGCGCCGGAUGACCUUGUUGACGGUCAUCGGUUUUCUACCAGUAUUGGUAACCGUGACCGAUCCAAUCCGAACCGCCUGUUCAGCUUAGUAUUUACGACGUAG